AAUCUGAGAGCAGACAAACUUGCGUAGUCUUACCACGGUCCUUGCUGUGUGCCUGCCUCUCUCUAUGGACGGCCGGAGGGAAGAAGAGGAAACUGGGAUUGUUGUCCUCGGGAACGCCGCGCCUUUCCAGGCCCUAGCCAUGAUUUAAUCACGGAAAACCGGGGUUGCGGGGGGAAAAAAGGAGAAGGAGAAAGACGACGGGAGCGCGAGAGGAGAGAGGAGCAGCCUCACAACCGUUGGAGAUGUGCGGUCGGGCCGAGAUUGCGGCGGUAUCCCUGUCUAGGCCUGGACUGAGCAGAUUGUUCUGAGAGGAAGCGGAUAACAAACAGGGGAAGUGAACAUGGCAGGGACCUCGGGCUUCUUUUCCAACGGACCUGUUCCGUGGAUGGACAACGACACAGAGAUGAACAACCUGUACCGAGACCUGGAGCUGGGGACAGUACUGACACUGUUUUAUUCAAAGAAGUCCCAGCGGCCAGAGAGGAGGACAUUUCAAGUCAAGCUGGAGACCAGGACUAUUAUCUGGACUCGGGGCACGGAUAAAAUAGAGGGAGAGAUCGACAUUCGAGAGAUCAAGGAGAUCCGACCUGGACAGAAGUCCCGGGACUUUGAGCGCUACGUGGAGGACUCAGCAGCACGGACGGACCAGGCGCACUGCUUUGUCAUCCUGUAUGGAACUGAGUUUCGCCUUAAAUCACUCAGCCUGGCAGCAACAUCUGAUGAGGAGAUGACCAUGUGGGUGAAGGGUUUAACCUGGCUUGUGGCUGACACGCUGAAGUCACCAACACCUCUUCAGAUAGAGAGGUGGUUACGCAAACAGUUCUAUGCGGUUGAUCGCAACAGAGAAGACAGGAUAUCCUGUAAGGAUCUGAAGAACAUGCUGAGCCAGGUCAACUACAGGGUGCCCAACAUGAGGUUCCUCCGAGAGAAACUUCCGGACUCAGAGCUGAGGAACGGAGACGUGUCCUACAGUCAGUUCGCCCAGCUCUAUCGCAGCCUCAUGUUUGAUGCUCAGAAAAACAUGGAGAUCCCCUUUCUACAAAGGUUCACUGACAGACCAGAACAGAGGAUCUCCCUAGAGGACUUCAAGAGCUUCCUCCUGGAAGCUCAAAAGGAAAUGUGGGCUACAGACAACAACAAGGUGCAGGAGUUUAUGUUCGGCUACCUGAAAGACCCCCUGAGAGAAGUGGAGCAGCCGUAUUUCUACCAAGAGGAGUUCCUGACGUAUCUGUUCUCCAAAGAGAACACCAUCUGGGAUUCCUCCCUGGACCAAGUGUGUCCUGAGAAUAUGAACAACCCCCUGUCCCACUACUGGAUCUCCUCUUCGCACAACACCUACCUGACAGGAGACCAGUUUUCCAGUGAAUCUUCCCUGGAGGCAUAUGCUCGCUGUCUGAGGAUGGGCUGCCGCUGUAUUGAAUUGGACUGCUGGGAUGGUCCUGAAGGAAUGCCAGUCAUCUACCAUGGACACACUCUCACAACAAAAAUCAAGUUCUGUGAUGUCCUGGCCACCAUUAAAGAGCAUGCCUUCGUCACAUCCGAGUAUCCCAUCAUCCUGUCCAUUGAGGACCACUGUAGUAUUGUGCAGCAGAGGAAUAUGGCCACUCACUUUAAGAAGGUGUUUGGAGAAAUGCUUCUGACCAAGGCGGUGGACAUCGCAGCAGAUGGUCUGCCUUCACCCAACCAGCUCAAGAGAAAAAUUCUCAUCAAGCAUAAGAAGCUUGCAGAAGGCAGUGCUUACGAGGAGGUGUCCACCUCCACUCCCUAUUCAGAGAAUGAUAUCAGCAACUCCAUCAAAAAUGGCAUCCUGUACCUUGAAGACCCCAUUAACCAUGAGUGGUACCCUCAUUUCUUUGUCCUGACCAGCAGUAAGAUCUACUACUCAGAAGAGACCUCCAAUAACCAGGGUAACGACGAUGAAGAGGAGCACAGAGAGGUGUCCAAUGGUAUGGACCAGCACGUGACGGAGAAAUGGUUCCACGGGAAGCUGGGCGCAGGGCGGGACGGGCGGCAGAUAGCCGAGAGGCUGCUGUCUGAGUACUGCCUGGAGACUGGAGCUCCUGACGGCUCCUUCCUGGUCCGAGAGAGCGAGACCUUUGUGGGAGAUUACACACUGUCGUUCUGGCGGUCAGGGCGGGUGCAGCACUGUCGUAUCCACUCACGUCAGGAGGCCGGCAGCCCCAAGUUCUACCUGACUGACAACCUGGUGUUCGACACGCUCUUUGCCCUGAUCACCCACUACCAGCAGGUGGCGCUGCGCUGCAACGAGUUUGAGAUGAAGCUGACUGAGCCAGUACCUCAGACCAAUGCCCACGAAAGCAAAGAGUGGUACCAUGCCAACCUCUCCAGGAGCCAUGCUGAAAACAUGUUGAUGAGGGUUCCUCGUGACGGGGCUUUCCUUGUCAGGAAGAGGGCAGAACCCAACUCGUUUGCCAUUUCCUUCAGGGCUGAGGGUAAAAUAAAGCACUGUCGUGUGCAACAGGAAGGUCAGACCGUGGUGCUGGGCACCUCAGAGUUUGACAGCCUAGUAGAUCUAAUCAGCUACUAUGAGAAGCACCCUCUGUACCGUAAAAUGAAACUGCGUUACCCUAUCAAUGAGGACACACUGGAGAAGAUAGGCACUGCUGAGCCAGACUACGGGUCACUGUAUGAGGGCAGGAAUCCAGGAUUUUAUGUGGAGGCCAACCAAAUGCCAACAUUCAAGUGCACAGUCAGAGCCAUGUACGAGUAUAAAGCCCAGAGAGACGAUGAGCUCUCCUUCACCAAGAACGCCAUAAUCUCUAAUGUGGACAAACAGGAAGGAGGAUGGUGGAAGGGUGACUGUGGAGGGAAGAAGCAGCUGUGGUUUCCUGCUAACUACGUGGAGGAGAUCAGUCCAUCAGCGGCAGAACCUGAUAGAACUCAGGAGAUGACAGAGAAUAGCCCGCUGGGAGAUCUGCUGAGAGGAAGUGUGGACGUGUCUUCAUGUCAGAUUGUUGUGCGUUCUGAUGGGAAGGGCAGCAGGCCCCACGUCUUCUCCCUGGUGCCGAAUGCCUCCAUGCGAACAGGCCCGGUGCUGGAAGUCGCUGCCAGCAGCCAAGAUGAGCUCAAGGAAUGGGUGUUCAAGAUCCGCGAGGUCACCAUGACCUCAGAGGCCAAGCUGGAAGAGGGGAAGAUUAUGGAGAGGAGGAAGAAGAUUGCACUGGAAUUAUCUGAGCUGGUCAUCUACUGUAGGCCUGUGCCAUUUGAUGAAGAUAAGAUCGGCACAGAGCGGGCCUGUUUCCGGGACAUGUCAUCCUUCCCUGAGACCAAGGCAGAGAAGUACGUCAACAAGAUCAAGGGAAAGAAGUUCCUUCAGUACAAUCGACUACAGCUGUCCAGGAUCUACCCCAGAGGCCAGAGACUAGACUCCUCUAACUACGACCCGCUGCCGAUGUGGCUCUGCGGUUCUCAGCUGGUAGCUCUCAACUUCCAGACAGCAGAUAAGCCCAUGCAGAUGAACCAAGCCCUGUUCAUGUUGAAUGGAAAGAGCGGCUACGUCCUUCAGCCAUCCAUCAUGAGGGACGAAAACUUUGAUCCGUUUGACAGACACACACUACGAGGCCUUGAACAAGUCACUCUAGAGAUAGAGGUUUUGGGCGCCCGGCAUCUGCCCAAGCACGGACGUGGCAUAGUUUGUCCUCUGAUUGAGAUCGAAGUGUGUGGGGCAGAGUAUGACAGCGGCAAGCAAAAAACAGACUCGGAAGCUGAUAACGGCCUGAACCCCACGUGGCCCCGGAAGCCAUUCCAGUUCACAGUGUGCAACUCUGCAUUUGCCUUCCUACGCUUUGUGGUUUAUGAAAUUGACAUGUUCAGUGACCAAAAUUUCUUGGCUCAGGCCACAUUCCCCAUUCACCGUCUCAAGACAGGUUACCGGUCAGUACCUCUGAAGAACAGCUACAACGAGGAUCUGGAGUUGGCUUCUCUGUUAGUCCACAUGGAUAUCAUCAGAGGCAGGGAUGAAAACGGAGAGGUUCUGAGCCCGUUUCUCGCUGCCGGGGCCACAUCAGCGUCGGCGUCCACCCAAGCAGGACGAGAACGUGUCGGGGACCUGAGCUCGGUGUCUUCGACUUCGUCCAGCAUGUCUGCUCUGCCCCAGUCACCGGCCCAGGCCAUGGCCUACAGGGGGAGAGAGGGCUCCUUCGAAUCCCGCUACCAGUCCCCCCUGGACGACUUCAGGGUGUCCCAGGAGACGCUGUUGGACCACAUGGACCCACAGAACAGGAGGGUGUUGCGGAGGACCAGAGUGGGCGGAGAGAACCGUGUCUAAGUCCAAACCAAUCAGGAUGGAAUUUCUGUUGCCCCCCCCCCAAAAAUAAAUCCUUACUCCCUCCUCCUCCUGCUCCUCCUCACCCAGUCGCCUCUCCCCGUACUGAUGAUGUCACUGACUGCUGUGAACACUGUUUCCAUGGAAACGCCCACCACCGCUUUGGCCUACAUUUCAGGCAGCUCUCCCUCCCUCCAUUCUCCAACACCCACUUUCAGCCACCCCCCACCCCCCCAUCCACUCCUACCCCCCUCCCUCCCCACCUCUCUCCUCUCCCUGCCGCCCAGCCUCCUCACCACUCGCCUGACGAGAGAGAGAGGGAAGGGACUCGGACAUAAGAGGAGGGAGGGCGGUGAGAGGAAGCUGACCACCGUGGACAGGAAGAAGAAACAGACAUUCACAGGAGAACAAAAACAAGGCUGAACAAGUUCCACCUCUGGACUGGUGGUUUGCGGGGGCGGGCUGUCCUCUCUUGUGUUUUUAGGUGUGCACAACAGCUGCUUAGUUUUUGGAGGCUAAGAGGAGGGAAAGAGAGAGCUCUGAAAGGUGUCAGUUUGAAACUGUUUCCCGGUUAAGUUUCUUUGCUCUUCUCUAUUUGGCGUAUAUGAAUAUAUAUAUUUAUUCCUGCUAUGCUGUUGGCCAGAGAACAGCAGCAGCUGACCUGCUCUCAAAGAGCUCCUGUCUCCAUGUUUUUAAUUAUUAUAAUUAUUUAAACCUUUAAACAUUCAUAAUGUGACUUUUAAUUUCUUAUUUCCUUUUUUUUUUUUUUAAUGUAUAUGUGUAAAACAUGAGGGCUCUCUACGGCUUUUUUUAAAUGUCUCUCUCUUCUCUGCUUUGUGGAGGAAUGCAUCUCCAGUCCAACACCCUAAUCCUGGAGGCAUAUUACAUUUUUUAAUUUUUUUUUUUCUUGAGGGCAUCAGGAAGAAGUCAUAACCAGUUUGUGUUGGAGGCAUUGGAAGAGAAGGCAGCAUCAUAUGUUACGUCUGCACACACAUACGCACACACACGCACAGCCAGGCUUUUUAAAAAUGUUAUUUUGAACUUACAUUCCAAAACAACUGCACAUCAUUCCAUUUUCCUGCAUCGCAGGCGCCUUUCCAAGCCAGUCUGACACAUUCAAACAUCUGUCUCUCUCACUGAGAGUCUUACUCCUGCAUGAUCAUGUCUGUAGGGAAUCUAACAGCUCACUGUGUGAUACAGUAGGACCAGGGAUAUGUGUUGACCCUAAAAAGGGGCUGUGUUGAAUGAUAAUUGUGUCUUUCAGAUUUUUUGCUUGUAUCUUCCCCUGUGUUUUCAGGCGUUUAAUGGCAGCACAGUUGUCUUGUCAAUCAUGGAUGGAUCACAGGGGCUGUGAGCUAAAAUGACAAUAGUGAUAACUGCUGGAUAAUGUGAUCAGUUUUUGAAAUAACAGAGUUGUUUGAGGAACACAUGGUAAAUGUCUCAGAUUUGUCUGUAUACCAUAAAUACUGUAAUUAUGGAAAUUGGAGAUGGAGAUUAUUACAUGUUUAACUGUGCAGCCCUGUGUUCCCAGGAUUUACAAUUGAAUGUUUUGGAAACAUGGAUGUUUUUAAUGACAUUUUAAGUCUUAAUACAAAAUGAUGGGCCCUUUUAUUCAGUGUUUUAAUUUGUUCCCAAUAGCUCUGUGACUACAGUGAAUAUAAAAACCGUUUCUUUUAAUCCUGUAUUUUUGAGAAGUGUGUUUUAAUAACGGACAUCUCCCAAAGUGGUUUCUGAGGUCCUUUCGAAAGAGUGUUUUACUGUGACCAACUUGUUUUAGUUUUCAUUUGUUAACAUUUGUUCAAUAGGAAGUAUCCAAACAGUGAGCAAGUGCCAAGGUUUGCAUUGCCAUAGUGAGGUGUAAAGAAAUCUUAUUGCCAUAUUGCUCGCCUUGCUGCUAUGUUUUGUAGCACCACACACAGACAUAAGGGACCUCCUGUGUUUUAGCUGCCAUGUUGUGAUGUUCUGGUGAGUUUUGUCACAGCACUAAGCUGCUUCACAAAAAACCUGUGAGGAUUUUUAAGUUACACUGCCAUGAGACACAGUUAAGUGGUCACUGCCCAUGAAUUUUAUUUGUGAUGAAAUGUGCAAAAAUGUGACCGGCUCAAGAGUGAAGGCCAAUCGCUACACUCCACAACUCAUCAUUCCCAACUUUAGAUCCUCAUUCUGGCUUCUCCUCAUAAAUGUUAGGUUAACUCGGUAAUUAAGACUUCUCUUGAGGUAAAUGUUGGUGCCCUUAAAUCUUUAAAUGUGCAGAGAGUUGUCAUUUUCUGAGAGAGAGUGAGUGAGUGAGAGGAACAGGCACAGUCUAUGCUUUAGACUUUGUUGUAGCUGUGUUGCUGUGGCUGAUGGAUGGUAAAGGUGCUUGGGGAUUGAGGGGGUGGGGGGGUUAGAGGUCUGGGCCUUCAGUGAGCCCUUAUAACUGAUGGUGGUAUCUUUCCAGGUUUGCAUCAGAAACAGUGUUUUCUUUGUUCGUAUGUGACGACUUUAUGACGUAAACUCAGUAUUCUCACUCAGUGUUUGACCACUGAGACACACCUAAGCCAUAUGGUAUGAUUUAAGGUAAAAGCAGGGACAGGAGUGAAUACUUGAGGUCUCACUGAAAAUUUUUGGCAUCUUUUGUUGUGUGUGUGUGUGUGUUUGCACGCCAAUAUUAAUCCCAAAGCUCCUCCAUAUUACAUUUAUUUUUCCUCCAGCGGUGGAUGAAUGGUCUUUUGUGGAGAGCUCUCCCUCCAAUGCUGCAUUUUCUCUUAUUGCUGACCUGUCUGCUAAACGUCAUGUGCCUCCGUCUGUGUACACAUCACAUUUAAAAGCCACAUCAUUCACCUGCCCUGCUGGGCUAAAAGCACCUGCACAGCCAUGGUGUACACCCACACAGGUAUUGUGUCACUUUAUUUUGACUGGUCGGACCUCCUCUUCAGCACUGUGUGGGCAUGUACGGACUGCGUUUGAUUGACAUGUCCCUGACUGUCCUGUUUGGUUUGUUGUACUUUGUUGUGGCGGGGCAACAAACUGUAAAGAGGUCAAAUCAAACACAAUAACUAAGGACACCUGUGUGGGUGUACAGGGCCCUUAAGUGUCACUUGUUUUUUCUUUUUCUUUUUUCUCCGAUCUUGUCUGUUUUGUUACUGACAGUCUCAUUUACAGUCGCCUUUCUGUAAUGUGCCUAAACCAUGGAGAGGAAAAGUAUUCAUUUUAAUUUUGCCUUUCAUAUGAAACAUAUUCAAGCCUGAAAAAGUAAAUAAAAUACUUACUACUUUA